CUGGCCAACUAGAGAGGAGGGGACCGAGACCGAGGAGGAUGGAGAACACGCAGGCAACACAUGUGGUGUCUUCGGAGGGACUGGAGGAGCUGGUGAAGCAGAUUGACCCAGCUGAGGCUCUGGACAACGAGGUGAAGGAGGUCCUGUUUGAGAUUGCCGACGACUUCAUCGAGUCGGUCACCUCCUUUGCCUGUGCUCUGGCCAAGCAUCGCGGCUCGGACACGCUGGACGUCUCGGAUCUCAAGCUCCACUUGGAGCGUAACUGGGAUAUCCAUGUUCCGGGCUUUGGUGGUGUGGACAUGGACGUUGCUCAGAUCCCGCCCGUCACCGACGCUCAUCGUCAGCGCCAGGCCGCUGCCAAGGCCGUCGCCGACUCGAUCCUCCCGUAGAGAAUGGCGGGCAAGUGAAGGAACUGAUGCCAUGGA